GCCCAGAUCCCGUCGUAGGUUUCUUCCCUCGGUCGUCGUCAUCACCCGAAGAGAAGAGGAGGAGAAAAGAGAGCAGCCAGGCCGCCACGCCCUCGAGCCGCCGCACACCAACGGAGCGGAGCGCCCCUCCUCCUCCGGCAGCCGCGAUUCUUCUAGCCUCCUCCAAUUCUCCGCCGACGCUCCUCCCUGCACUCCGCCCGCCUCGCGUAGGGCGUCGUCACAUUGGAUUCCCCCCGGCCAGAGCCGCCAUGGAGCCGGAGUCCGCCGACGCGGCGCUCGCCGGUUGCAAGGACAAGUUGAAGCACUUCAGAAUAAAAGAGCUAAAAGAUGUCCUGCAUCUGCUUGGACUUUCAAAGCAAGGAAAGAAGCAGGAAUUGGUGGAUAAAAUCUUAGCAAUACUAUCUGAUCAACAAGAUCAAGUAUCACAACUGAAUGACUUAACAAAGAAACCGGCAGUUGAAAAAGAAACCGUGUUGAAAAUAGUUGAUGAAACCUUUAGGAAACUGCACAGUCCUGCAAAUUCUGCUGCAGGCUCACCAAAUCAGAUUGAUUCAGGACAAAGUGUAAAGCCUAAAAAAAAGUUAAAUGGCUCUGCUCAAAAGGAUGUCAAGGUUCGUUGUCCUUGUGGUAACUCCAUGGCCAAUGGAUCCAUGAUAAAGUGUGAUAAUCCACAAUGCAAUGUCUGGCAACAUGUUGGUUGUGUUAUCAUAUCCGAGAAGUCUGCAGAGAGUGUUCCUCAGGAAUUACCUUCCAGCUUCUACUGUGACGUCUGUCGAAUAAAUAAGGCCGAUCCUUUCUGGGUCACUAUCAAUCAUCCAUUACUUCCAACAUCAAUAGCUCCUUCUAAAAUAGCGACUGAUGGGUCAUAUACUAUACAGUAUCUCGAGAAAACCUUUCCAUUAUCAAGAGCUAAUAGGGAAAUGCUACAGAAAGACGAAUAUGACAUUCAGGUUUGGUGUAUCCUUCUUGAUGACCAAGUUCCUUUCAGGAUGCAAUGGCCUUUACACUCUGAUAUGCAAAUUAAUGGUAUUCAAGUCAGGGUUGUUAACCGGCAACCUACACAGCAGUUAGGGGCCAAUGGUAGAGAUGAUGGUCCUGUAUUAACGGAAUAUUGCAAAGAAGGACCUAAUAAAAUUGUUCUAUCUAGAAGUGACUCCCGCAUGUUUUCUUUGGGUGUUAGAAUUGCCAAGAGGAGAUCUCUGCAAGAGGUCCUAAAUCUGGUGCCGAAGGAACAUGAUGGCGAGAAGUUUGAUCAUGCCCUUGCUCGUGUGCGGCGUUGUGUUGGUGGUGGAGCUGAGGCAGAUAAUGCUGACAGUGAUAGUGAUAUUGAGGUUGUGGCUGACAGGGUCUCUGUGAAUCUCCGAUGUCCGAUGACUGGUUCAAGGAUUAAGAUAGCUGGCAGGUUUAAACCCUGUGUCCACAUGGGUUGCUUUGAUUUAGAAGCUUUUGUGGAACUUAAUCAACGUUCACGGAAGUGGCAAUGCCCAAUUUGCCUGAAGAAUUAUUCUCUGGACAACAUAAUCAUUGACCCAUAUUUCAACCGGAUCACUUCGCUGAUCCAAAACUGCGAAGAUGAUGUAUCUGAAAUUGAUGUCAAGCCUGAUGGUUCCUGGAGAGUUAAGGGUGGAGCUGAACUGAAGGAUCUUACGCGGUGGCAUUUACCAGAUGGCACUGUCUCUGUAGCCACCAACUUAGGGUCCAAGAUCAACAUGAGUAUUGUAAAGCAUGAGAUUAAAGAGGAGUCUCUGUCUGACCAGCUGGGCUCCCGUAUCAAGUUGGGAAUUAGAAAAAACAACAACGGCAAGUGGGAAAUUACGAAGAGAGGGGAUGUUAACUCGAUGCAAUCUUCUGAUAUUAACCACCCAGAGCACUUUAAAAAUGGAAACUUUAUUACUCCUACAAGCAAUAAUGAUCAUGAGGACACUCAAGAUUUGGAACAAGGACACUAUGAUUACCCUAUGAGCAAUGUACAUGAUCUUGAUUCUUCUCCUAUAGAUGAACAUGUCCCUGCAGUAUCAAGAGAGCAAGAUAUAAUAGUUCUGAGCGACUCUGAUGAUGAUAACGUCACGGUGUUGUCUCCUAAUGUUUUGAAUUCCAGCUCAGCAGAUGACACUGGAGAUCCAUUUCCACCCAAUCCACCUGAGACUAAAGGAACGUGUGAGGAACAACCUGGAGGUGGUCUAGAUGAGGCUUCAUAUCUUAUGUUAAGUGAAGAUUUUGAUGAUCUGGGACAACUCUCAUUUUGGCAGUAUCCUUCAAAUCCCCAGGAUGAUCCUGGCUUACAGUUGACAAAUAAUCUAGGCGAAGUGCAAAACAACACUGCCAACCAUCAACCUCUGCACGAGCCAGUAGCAGCAGCAGCAAACCUACUGGAACAUGGACAUAAUAAUUGCAUUGGUAAAAGCCAAGCAUCGAUUGCAAGUAAUUGCGUUGAUGAAAGUCUAAUUACUGCCAAGAAAGCGUCUCAGAAAAGGAGGAACCCUGAGGAUGAAAUAACAGCUUUAGAUGCUUCAGUUGUGGAUGAUGACUUGCCUGGGGAGAGACCUGGUGGUCCUUUGUCACCGGCUCGGCAGCAACGGUCAGUUCGACCAAGAUUGGUACUAGCAAUCGACUCAGACUCUGAAUAGCAGCCUAUGUUGUCCAUUGUCUGGCGUGAGGUGUACAAUGUACACUGUCUCCUCCGUGGAAUGAUCACUGAAGUUUAGUUUGUGAUGAUCCUUUGGUCUGUCUGGCCUGUCUUGGGAAAGGGCGCUAUCUGAUUAGUUUGUGAUCUGUUCGUCUGUCUUGCCUAUCUUGAGAGGAGGAACGCAGUGGCCAGUGGCAUCUGUAAUUCAAAUAGUCCUGGGAGCUGCAAGGAAGAUGCAUUUUAAAAAAACUGGAGCUGGUCUCGUAGGCCCUAUAAUCUAGCCAAGAGUGUAAAGAGAUCCGUUGUGUAGGCAAUUUUGUUUUUAUAGCAUAGCAUAGCAUAUCAGGAACUACAAAUGGCAGUUGAUGUACAUAUGGUUGAUUGGUUUUCCAUUCAUUCAAGUGUUAGUCCUGAUAGCUGAAAGAAGAGAGCGAUGAUGUCCCGUAUUUUAACUCUUAUAAGGUGCAUUUCAUCAUC